ACUAUACCAUACCUUGCCCCUGCUCCCUGUUAGCUCUGAUAAGCAUUCGGGUUUAUCUUAUCGUCACUUGAUUACAUUUCAAUUCCCAUUCGGGUGGAACCCAACUUUAUUGCUUACGCACUAGCAACAUGUGGCCAGCCACUCGAAUUGAUCUGGGCAACAUUCGAUAUGUCCCUAAGCAGCAGUCGCGCAUUCGAGCAACAUUCGAAGUGAUACUCAUGCUGCUGGCAACAUUUUCUCAAAUAUGUUGCGGGACACUCGAACUGUUAUUGAUGGCAACUUUUAAAGCAACGUUUCUCAAGUGUUGCUUAACAACAUUUGAGUUUAACAUGUUGCAGGCUACAAAAUGUGUCUAGGCCUAUUUCAGCAAAUUCGAAGAUUUAUUUUCACUCAAGGUAACUUCGAAAAUGUCUCAAAGCAAGCUUUGCUCUAGUUUUGUAUUAACAGAAUCAGUUUCCAAUAAAGGAAUUUAAGAUUGAAAUAUAGUAAAAAUCUCAUCUUUUGCUUUUCUAAUAAUUCAUUAUGAAAACAAUAUUAAUUGUAAAAGUAAUAUUUUUGAUGGCUGCCAUGGAGGCUGGAGCUCAGUUAUUACCUUCGACUCCGCCCGUCGUCAUCUGGGGCGCUAAAUUAACGGAGCCACGCAACAUUUUCCACACAAUCAAGUCGAAGAAAUUUGCUGCUCGUCUGCGGCCGUUGCUCAAGGAUCACAUGUUGAUUGCCUAUUUAGCGCCUCUGCUUACGUCGAAAGAUCUGAGCUGCCUGCAGCCUGACUGCUUUGCCUAUUUGCGUAAAGUGGAGCCACGUACGUACUACAGCAAGAUUCGCAAGCCCGUGGCAGCGCUUGGAACGCUCUUGGCCGAGCACAAUCAGGAACUGGUCUGGAGCGAAAGAGACAAAAUGUUGCAUCUGCCUUGCAAGAAGGGUCACAUAUAUGCCUACAAUUUCCAGACUCAAAAUCUAACCGAACACGAUAAGUUUAUGGAGACCGUGGCCUCCAACCUAACGGCCUGCCAGCUUGUCCAGAUCUACACAGCGCAUGGGGAGCCGACAGAGGAGAUCGAGCGACGCAUACGUAGAACAGAUCAAGCGAAGGGAAGAACGCUAGCCGAGCAGCCGAUUGCAGAGCCACAAAUGCAAACCAAGUCGCAAAUGCCAUCGAACAUCAGCCACAGUGAACCGAUAGCGGGUGCUGAGAACCAGACUACAGAGGUAAUGGUUUUUCGACAUCCGAAGGCCAUCAUUACUUUGAGCACGAUUGUCUAUGCCGAGCAAUACUCCGCUGGCGUUUCCGUUUACUACAAACGGCAGUACAUUCGUAUGACCGACGCGGUGAAGUUUGACAUUGUACUGCGGGAUCCAAAGAAUAUAAAAAAAGGCGUCGCCCUUCUCAUAAACACGACAGCGGGAAAUCUUCGGCUAAUAUUGUUGCCUGUUGUCGGUAAUUGGCGCAUAUACACCUUAAUUUUUCGUAACGUAACGCAUAUGCCCAGAGACCUACUGUUCUAUAGCAACAAAUUUAGUUUCUGUUGCCAAUCCCUAAAUGCAUAUUCCAAGGAAGGAGGUCGCGUCAGCUUGCAAUCCCUCAGCAUGGAUGUUGUUGUAGCUGAUAACGUUACGGCGACGGAUCCCGACUAUAUACCCAAGACCUGUUGGCUCUGCGCGGUAUAUCUAACACCUGCCCUCACACAGACGCUCUUUACUGUCGCCAUAUUGUUAGUAAUGUUGGUCUUCGGCAUAUCCAUAUUCUUCAAUAUGGGACAAAAUAACCAACUACCGAACGGCAACGAUCCGAAUCCAUUUGUAAAGUCUCAUUGAAUGCAUCCAAAUAUUUUAAUUAAUUUAAUAAUAAAAACUAAAUAAUA